AUGGCCGCCACAGCCGACAAAUCAAAACCCUACAUCCCACUAUCCAGCAGCGCCAGCGAUGGCUGGUCAACCCCGGACUCAGCAACAGCAACCUGCUUCUGCGGUGCCGUGCAACUCUCCUUUCCCACUCAGGGUCCGGGUCUCGUCAGCACAUUUGUCUGCCACUGCACUGACUGCCGCAAGAUAACCGCGUCCAUGUUCGCAUCCAACUUCACUAUCGACGACGCAUACUUGACCCAUGUCCGCGGCCGCGACAAUCUGAAGACGUACAGUCAAUCGCAUACUAUUGCCUCGGGUAAGAUGAUGACGAAUUAUUUCUGCUCGACUUGUGGCACACUCAUGUACCGUGUCGGCGAGGCGUUUCCGGGGAAGAGUAUACUGCGUAUUGGCACCGUGGAUGAUUUUAAUUUGCAUGAGACCAAGCUUAGACCGCAGAAGGAGAUUUUUGUGAAGGAUCGUGCUUCUUGGGUUACGCCUAUUGAGGGUGUGAGGCAAUUUGAAUCGCAGCGGCCGAAGAUGUAG